GUGGCGCACGUUAGAGGCGACUGUGAUUUUGCGACCAUCUGACGGUUUACAUUCGGCAGCGAACUCUGAAAACAAGGGAGUCUCUGUGCAAAUAGACAAAGCCUCUUCCGCGAGGCGUCGCGCCGACUGAAGGCUAAAGACGGAGCCGAACGGGAGGCUGAGGCGAGGCAGCCGAGCGCCCUCUAUGACCAGGGACCCGGCCUCGCUGCGCCCCGAGCCGACGACGCGGCCCCGGACGGAAUUCCGCGCCGACUGCGUCUCGCAGGCGGAGGAAGCGAAAACGCGGAAGAGAAGGAGAGAAAGGGAGGAGAGAGAGCUCGCGAUAAAGCACAGGAAGAAAGAAAGGCACGAAGGAAAGGAAGAAAGGAGGAAAUGAACUCUAAGUAGACCUGCGUAGACAAAGAAAGGAGGAGCCAAAGAACUAAGAGAACAAAGGCAAUCAAAUAAACCAUAAAAAUGUUCGGCGGAAAGAAAAAAGAGGAUGACAUGGACGACCUCAGCCUGCACGUGCAGCGCUACCGCCCGGAGGAACUGGACAAGCUCGCCAAGACGACCAAGUUCUCCAGGAAGGAAAUCCAACUCAUCUACAGAGGAUUCAAGCAGUGGUGUCCGACGGGCCUCAUUGACGAGGAAGGCUUCAAGGGCAUCUUCUCGCAGUUCUUCCCCCUCGGAGAUGCCACCCAUUAUGCUCAUUAUGUCUUCAAUACAUUUACGCAAAAUAAUCAAGGACAGAUAAGUUUCGAGGACUUCCUGGCGGCGCUGUCGACGGUGUCCCGCGGGACGACGCAGGAGAAGCUGCAGUGGAUCUUCGGCCUCUACGACGUGAACAACGACGGCCUCAUCACCAAGACCGAGAUGGUGGACGUCGUCACCGCCAUCUACGAGAUGAUGGGCCGCUCCACCGAGCCGCAGGUGGAGGAGACGUCCGCCAAGGAGCACGUGGAGAAGAUCUUUCAUCUGAUCGACACGAACCAAGACGGCGCCAUCACCAUCGAGGAGCUGGCCGAGUGGGUGUCCCGCGACGACACCAUCAUUCAGAGCCUCAGCAUGAUGGACACCGUGCUCUUCACCCGUCGGGAUCGCGGUGCUGACGGCGCCCCUCCGCCCACACGCCCGUCGCUCAGCCAGCCCUGA